AUGAUUCGCAAGCAAGCCCGCCAACGGAGAGACUAUCUCUACCGCAAGGCCUUGACACUUCGAGAUGCCGAGAUCAGCGAGAAGAGGGCCAAGCUGAGAGCUUCCCUGGCCCAGGGCAAACCACUAGACCGCAACAUUGCCAACGAUAGCGCUCUGAGGAAAGACUUCCAAUACGACGAAUCACGACCCGACCUGACUGCGGAAGAACAGCUUGAUAUCGACGACGAGUAUGCUGCGCUGUCAGGUCUUGUUGAACCCAGAGUGCUGGUUACAACAAGUCGCGACCCCUCGACAAGAUUGGCAUCAUUCUCAAAGGAGAUUCGGUUGUUGUUUCCGACCGCGAUCCGUCUCAACCGUGGCAAUUUGAUCGUCAGCGACCUGGUUCGCUCAGCAGAGAGUGCUGGCUUGACCGACAUUGUCAUGGUUCACGAACACAGAGGAGUGCCCACCUCGCUACAAAUUUCUCAUCUUCCUCACGGACCUGUUCUUAGCUUCUCUCUUCACAACGUCGUUGAGCGAAGCCAAAUACCCAACAGCAUCAAGGGCACAGUAUCCGAAGCCUACCCUCACCUAAUCUUCGACUCGUUUACUACCAGACUUGGCGAGAGGGUUUGCAAGGCCCUGAAGCAUCUGUUCCCUCCGAUGGACCCCAUCACCAACAAGAGCAAGGUUGGCAACCGCGUCAUCACGUUCAAAAACAAUGAUGACAACAUUGAGGUCAGACAUCACGUCUACGUAAGAACGGGCUACGAUAGCGUGGAACUCUCAGAGGUAGGACCUCGGAUGACGAUGCGUUUGUUUGAAAUCAGGGGUGGUACGCUUGACAACAAGGACGGAGAUGUCGAGUGGCAUAUCAGCUCCUACACCAGGACCAGCCGGAAGAAGAACUACCUCUGA